UAAUUUCCAGCAGUUUGCUCAUGAAAGUUAACAAACUUAACGAAUGAAAUUAGCUUUAGUUUUUAAAUAAUUUUCGCUUUCAGUGAACUUUACAAAAUGAGUAAAACGAUUCGUACGCUGUUCCAAAUGAUCCUGUUCCUCACUGUUGCGGUAAUUGUUAUAAGCGCUAGGGUUACUAAUAAGGUGAGCGGUUCUAGUAUCGGUUCUGAUGAAUCGAAAGGUAGUGAUAUGUUGUCAUCGGGAGGGUCGAGUGAUGGGGCAUUGUUGGACAGCGCACCAAUGACGGAUUCUGGAUCAAUGUCGGGUAGUGAAUCAGGAUCAAAAUUCGGGAGUGGAUCACGGUUCAGCGGCCGUAUAAAAAGUGACGAAUCGAUAAACGAUGCCACUACAACAAAAGGGAACAAGAGAUGUGAAAUACUUAGCCAGAUAUGUGAAUGUUUGUGUCAUGGUGGGCAAGGGCAUCCCGGUGGGGGACCCCCUAUCUGUCCCGGUGGGAAACCCGGUGGGGGACCCCCUAUCUGUCCCGGUGGGAAACCCGGUGGGGGACCCCCUAUCUGUCCCGGUGGUAUGUGUCCCGGUGAGAAACCCGGCGGUAAACCCGGUGGGGAACCCGGUGGUAAACCCGGUGGGGAACCCGGUGGUAAACCCGGUGGGGAACCCGGAGGAGAACCCGGUGGUAAACCCGGUGGGGAACCCGGCGGGAAACCCAGUGGAGAACCCGAUGGGGAACCCGGUGGGGAACCUGGUGAGAGUCAAGGUGGGGAACCUGGUGCGAGUCAAGCUGAGGACUCCGAUGAGAGCUCCAGUGGGAGCUCCGAUGGGAGUAACGGUACUCGUCCCGCUUGGGCUCCCAGGGAGGGUCCCACCAGGCCUCCUAAAUGCCCUCCAUGUCCCCGUUGUCCUAAUGUUUGCCGCAAAUUAAAAACAAAACAAAAACAAGUACAUAUAUAAUAUUAUAUACAUAUUUAUUGCAUGUUUCCUUCAUUUUCGCACAAUUACUAGCAUAAUGGCACUUAUUUUAAUAUUACCAAAGAGCAGAUUGAUUUAUAUAAAAACACGUUUAUGUCUGCUAAUUAAAUAUAUUUGCGAAAGUUGUUUCUUAAUAAUCGUGACAAAUAAUGCAGUAGAUUUAUAUAGGUAUUAUAAGUACCUACGUAUGUAUUUUUUUGUUAAAAAUAAAUGCAUGAUUAAUAUUGGGAA